AUUCCAUUCAUUUCUAAAUAUAUAAAUAUAUUGUAUAAAAUUAAAACAGAUUAAAAUAUUAUAAAGAUGAUUUUUGCAUACUGUAUAAAAUGGACGAAGAAUUGUCUUCAAUUAACUGUAUCUCGUUAUUUCCAAAUUGCUAAGUCGUCUAUAUUCUAUAUAAGUACAAGCACAAAGAAAAAUAACUACAUUGUUUGGUUAGAUAUGGAAAUGAGUGGACUUGAUGUAAGUACAUCCCAGAUUCUAGAAAUAGCAUGCUUAAUCACUGAUAAAAAUUUAAAACUUGUAAGCAAAGAUUUCAAUGUUGUUGUACAUCAGCCAGAUGAAAUACUUAAUAAUAUGAAUGACUGGUGUUUAAAGAUUCAUCAAAAAACAGGAUUAAUUAACGAAUCACGUUUAAGUAAAACCACAAUACAAGAUGCUGAACAAAUUUUAUUAAAAUAUCUAAAAACAUAUAUAAAAGAAAUGACAUGCCCAUUAGCAGGAAAUUCAGUUUACAUGGAUCGUAUGUUUUUAUAUAAACAUAUGCCAUUAAUUAAUAAUUAUUUACAUUAUAGAACUAUUGAUAUUUCUACCAUUAAAGAAUUAGUUAAUUUUAGUAAUCCAUUUACAAUGGCAUCUUCUAAUAGUGGUGGUGUAAAAGUCAUGAAUAUUGGUGGGCGUGUCAUGAACGAAAGAGAACGUUUAAUUGGUAUGUUAGAUGAAGAACGUGCAUGGAGAGCUCGGUUUCUUAAAAGUCAGCAUCUUGCACCAGAUGAGCCAUUAAUGUCAAAGGAGUAUUAUAAACAUUACUAUAACCCAUUUCGAAGAUUCUAUAGAGUACCACUAAAUGCAUUUGAAAGACUAUUAACUCCUGUUGUGGGUGCUCAAAAUGCAUUAAUUUUACGUUAUUGUACAGCAAAAAUUUUGAUGGGAAUGUGUGCAGUUUAUGGUGGAUGGUACUACUAUAAUUAUAAUACAGCUACUUGGAUGAGACAAUCUGGUUGGAGAAAGAUACAAACACGCUGCGUAAAAAUUCCAGGAACUAAAGAUUACAAAGGUCUGGAAAAGCCUCCAAAACCUUUUGCUACAUUUGGUUUUGAAAAUUCUGCCAUAUAAAAAUUACUGUCUAGUAUAUAUAUUAUUAUCUAGUAUUUAAAUAUAAUAAAAUAGUAAUUUAAAAUGUA